AUGUUCGAAAUAUUUGAGGAUUUCAAUUCAUUUCACGUGAGUAUGCUUACUUAUAUAAUAUUAGGGAGCAUAAUUGUUGUAUUAAACAUGCCUUUAUUAUAUCUACUCAUAUUUAUAAAGCAGAAUAGAGAGAGAAAGGAAUUUGUGUUAAUUGCGAUUAUCUGUUCUGUGGAUUUACUAUAUGUUGUCGUGAACAGUUAUAAUAGCAUCUCCCGUCUUAUUCUAGGCACCUCGACAAACGUUGUCGCAAAAAUUGAAUGUGUUCUAAGGCCAAAUCUAUUCAUCAGUCUCGUAGUUAUUCAACUAGUUUCCCAAAUGCCGCUGUUUGUGGCUAUCGACCGAUUAUUCGCCGUUGUCUACAGCAUUUGGUAUUAUAAACGCGGGGUCUGCUAUUCAUUCUUUUUAUGUUCCUUGCCAAUGAUUGGAAGUGUUGUGACGACGAUUGCAAAUGUCAUUUCAAUUUAUAAUGGUCCCGAAAAAGAAUCACAGGUGAUGGCUGUAUGCUUCUCGUCGAGUCUCGUCGCGAGCUCUUUCAAACCAUAUUUUCACGGCACAAAAUGGGCGUGUCUAAUAUUGGCGACAAUUGUGAAUGUUUUUGUCGGCAUAAUUCUUCAUUGCAAUACGAAAAUCAAGCAUCAAAACACAACGAAAAGAUUAAAAAAUGCAAAUAUGGUAAUAUUCUCGAACACGGUAAACUCGCUGGUGUUCCUUAUGAUUCCUGAUAUGAUAUUGGCUUAUCCGCCGAAAAUGGACAAUUUUAUUUAUCUCCAAAUCACAAUGUUUUCAUUGAUAAUGAGCAAAAUUAUUUUCAAUAUAGUUCUUUUUCUAUUUUUCCACAAAGAACUGCGAACGCUUUAUCUAAAUUUAUUCAAACGAAAACUGUUUUACAAUGGUGGAAGAAUGAGUGGAGUCCGAAUUGUUCCUGUCCCGCAGCAGGAGCUCAAAACAUCAGCCCAUAACGCUUAA